GGAGCUUUCUGUACUACGUCGGAGCGGGCGACGUUUUUAUAAUAUCAUCAUGCUGCACUACUUCACUUCGACGCUGGAGGGAUUGGGAGUCCUCCACUGCGGGCUUCAGCCUACAGGUAACUCUGUUGCUUCGCCCUCACAACCAUUCGACACAGUAGUGGCUCACUUCUUCUCGACGAACAGGCGUGGUGUCUGGGCACUCUGGCAACGGGCUUCGGUCUCGACCCUGUUGUGUGCCAGCGCUACAACUCCAAACUUUGCGCCCCGAGCCAUCUGAGUGGUUUGACACGCAUCGCGGUGUAGUAGCUAGUAUGUUGCGUUGUCUCUCCAUCGGAAAUUACGACAUCAAGUGAAGACGCACAGCAAGCGGACACAACUACUGCCGCGGAUCCAGCGAGCCACUACAAUCAAGCGGCCUGCGACACCAUGGGGGCGUUUGCAGUACAGACCGGCAGUUGGGCUUUGAGCAAGGACCGAGGAAGACAGCGCCCUAGUGGUUUACAGAUCUGCGGUUUUGCUUGGCUAGUCAACUGCGAAAACAUGUCCUAUGGUUAGCUUAAAAGAGAGAAUAGCUUAGUAGUUAGAAGCUGACUGUUGUAGUGGUUUCCUUCUCCUCCUCCUAUUAGAUAGAAGUAGAAGGUCUCUUUCUCUACGCCACCUUCGAAACUCAUAGUCAUAGACUUCUCUUUGGCCCUGUGUCCGGAAUCCCCAGAGCUGUGCGCAGCUCGUAAUCUCCAGAGCUCCACCAAAGCUGAAUCCGCGGCCGCGAGUGAAAAAGCUCAGGCGGAGAAGAUCAUAGGAUCUUCACGAGUUCUUGGAUAGUGAGCCGGUUUGGGUUUCGUUUCUUCCCCAUUUUUUAGUGCUGUCCCCUCGACGGCGCCAGCAUCAUGUUCGGUGCCUGUCUGUCCACGUCCUCCGCGUCGAUGCAGGAUGACUUUCUCGUCGGCCCCUGCACCGCGGUCUGCCAGCGCCCGGUCGUGAAUACGCGGUCCAGCAGCAAACAGCCAAAGCGGUCCUCUUCGUCCUCGCAGCACCACAUGGCUCUCGUGCCCAGCUUCGAGAAAAAGUACCCCCCGACGGGCCCGACGGAGGACGAUUUGAAGCAGGUGCUGGUCCGCUUGUACCACGAUCCGGCGCUGGCCUCGGUGCUGUUCCAACAAACAGGCAGUCCUGGGAAAACAAGCAGUGCAAAUAAAUCUAUAUCUAGUACGAAUAAAAAUGAUCCUAGAUCGGCCUAUCCGCCGGCGAAAAUCCCGUGGGAGGUUUUCUGGAAGGAGAAUUUGAGAUUUCUCAUCCACUACGAAACGAAGAAGCCGGAACUGCGGCUGAAAUCCUCCCACCUAGUCCAAUUCCUCGUGCUCUUCCGCCACAGCGUGAAAAACGACGUUUUCGACCUAACGAAACCGAUCGACGAGAGGAAGUACCAGGACGCGUUCGAGGGGAUUUUGACGAAAGACGUGAACACGCAGCUGAUAAAGGACAUCGCCCGCGCGGAAUGGACCAUCGACGGCGAGGGCUUCUCUUUCGCGAAGUACCUGGAAAGCGCGAAAAAUUUGUCUAGCGUACAUACCGGCAUGGACCAGAGCACGAACUCGACCACGGUCGGUGGGAGCAGUACGGUUUCGUCGUAUAAUGUGGCGAUGAACAGUGGAAAUAAGGUAUCAUCUUCAAAUCACAAUAGACCUCUGAUCAACACGUCCUCGACGGCCGUUCCGCCCGCCACAGACAAUAAAGAACCGUAUGCGGUUUAUAGUAAGUCAAGCUCUUCCACCAUGUCGGAAGAGCCUAAAAAUAGAGCUAAGGCGGGAGUUGUAGGAUCAACGGGCAAGAGCCAGCAAGUAAACUCCUCACUUCUGUCUACCGGCAAUAUUAAAGCACCUGCUCCUGCGCCAAUCAUAUCCUCUGCGAUGUCACAGCUCCAAAAGGAAGAGAAAUUGAAGGAGAAGUUUCAGUAUUUUUUCCUCGAAAAGCUGGAGAAUUUCUUUCUGGCCUUCGCGAAGCAAGAGAAACUCUCCGCAAACCACACCUCCGCACUGAUACAGGCGGUGACCACGCAGAUGUGUCAGUGUGGACUUGCGAACUUGGACCGGGGAAGCUACAGCCGGAAGUAUUUGGUUUCCGGGACAAAUUUGGACCAAACCACAGUGUAUUCGUUGUCGAAGGAUGGGGACUCGUUGAAACUGACGCUGAUGUGCAUGAAAACGAAUUUCACCGACUACUUCGACAUGACAGUUGGAGGAGGCGUUGUAGCAAGUAGUAGUAGUGCAGCAACUGGUUCGGGGAGUGGUACAGGUACAGGUACAGCACACCUCGUCCCGGGAGCUGGAGAAGACGUAGUGGUGGUCCCCGAGCAGCAGCAGAAGCGGCACACCGGUGCUACUGGUACCAGUACUGGCGCACCAGGAGCAGCGUCGUCUGCAUCGAAUAAACUGAAGCAGCCAAGUGUCGUCUCAAAAACGUCCCUCUCAACCACCUCUGACACAACGCGGACCGCGGAUCAAGCAGCCAAAAGCAACGCUCUAAACGCGAAUAUUAAAAACCCGUCAGCACCAUCAGGAUCAGCAGCGGCAAUUUCCCCGAACGAAAUUGUGAUUUCUCCGACUACCAUCUCGGAAAUGAACCCCACGGAGCCGCCAGAAUCCGCAAGAUCUGCGGGAAGCUUGUACCUCGCCGACGCGAAAAACACCAGCACCGCGAUAUGCAUUGCAAAAGUAUCGUACUAGUACAAAUUGCAUUACAAAUCUUAUCAGAAAGAAAAAUGGAAUUUGUAAUGCUAAUUGAGGUAAAAAGGUAGGUUUGUCAUGCAAGAUUGCAAUUAGUACGAGUACGAUACUUUUGCACAGGAUACGCGAAUCUGUCCUACAAUCCGUUGUUCUGCCAGCCUCCCGCCUCCGCCAUCAAAAUCGCACCGGUGAGUGCCAACAAAGCGCCCAAAGUAGCCUCGCCUGGGAGUAGAGAUCGGGUCAUUGCUGGGGAUGUUUUACACGACAGCGCGCAACAUAAAGCCCAGCUUGCGGAACAGCAAGAAGCCAGCAUAAUGAGCGACGCCCCGUGUCGCUGCGCGAGCGGGUCGUAUCUCUACCAGCACGCGACGCUGAAAUUUACUCCGAACAAGGCAGCGAACGGGGUCGGUGGAGGAAGUACUGGAAAUAAUGCCGGGAUUGGAAGUGCGGGUGUGAAUACAGGGCCUGCGGGGGAUCGUGGUGCAGCGCGCAGUAUUGAGUAUGUGUCUGUCGAUGUGAUUGAUGGCCUUGAUGAAGUAAAAAUCAUUCCGCCAUGAUGAGGAAGCAGCUGCAGGCAGAGCAGUCCUAAAAACGCUCAAGCAUGUUGACCAUAGUUAUAAAUGCAAAGCACGCUGCACGCGCAAGAACAUGUUGACUGUGUAGAAUCAUGAUAUUAAGUACUUCUAAAGUGCUGCUAAUACCAUGAUGGCGAGGCUCGCGCUGUCGUUGUCGAGAAAGCUGUUGCUCAACAGGAGGAGCUAGUAUGGUAAGCUUUAUCAACUGCUCAACAGCCAAGGAGCUCUGCGCUCAACUGUAGGGCGAAAAGCAAGAGCUAGAGCUUCGAAGCCCGGAAUUAAGGCG